AGGAACGUCAGCUGGUGGGCACCAUGCAGCACUGACGGGGGACAAGGAGAGGCUAGGAAGGAAGAGGAAAAGAAGGAGAAGGAAAAAGGUAAAGAGAAAGUGCGGAGUCAGGACGGUGUGGGACAGUGCUGGACCCUGGGGGACACGGCAUCUCCUCACCUGAACACAGGGCGUCAAGUUUAGCAGAGCCUUGAUAUGCGGGUGACUGCGUGAACUUCUCAAGCAGGUUUCCUCCAGAUGGUGAACAGGACGCUUUAACCCUUGCGAGGCUGAAGGGAAGCAGGAACCCAAGAUGGACCACAACCCGUUUGGCGGUGCUCCCCGUUUCCUGACACGACCCAAGGCUUUCUCGGUAUGUGUUGGUCGGGACACCACACUCAGCUGCACCAUUGUGGGAGACCCAGCCCCGCUGGUCACCUGGGAAAAGGACAAGCUGCCCAUCUCAUCAGGGGGCCGCUUCAAGGCGGUGGAGGAUGGCAACAUGUACCGGCUCACGGUCUACGACUUGACCCUUGAGGACAGUGGCCAGUACAUGUGUUGGGCCAGGAACAGCGUUGGCGAGGCCUAUGCUGCUGUCACGCUCAAGGUGGCGCUGCCGUCCGAGAUGGUGGAGCGUGCGCCCGUGUUCCUGGUUAAGCCUGCCUCUGCCCGGGUGGGACUCGGUGAAGAUGUGGCUUUCCAGUGUCGAGUGUCCGCCUUUCCCGAGCCGACUUUUGACUGGGAGAAGGACGGCCGCUAUGUGGGUGAGUCUAAUCGUGUCAAGAUUAUCACCGAUGGUGAGGAAAGCACCCUGAAGAUCCAGUGCGUGCGCAGCUUGGACAGCGGAACGUACACCUGUCGGGCCCAGAACUCGUUGGGUCGGGCCCACGUGGCAGCAGCCCUGGUGGUAGAGCUCCAGGACCGGCAGCUGGCCAGUGCAGACAGGGGCACCUCGCUCCUCUCUCACCUGCAGAAACGCAAGGAAGAGAUGCGGAAGGACAUCUCCAUCUACCGUGCCAUGGAGACCACCUCGUCUUCCAUCUCCUCUUCCUCCUCCUCCUCUACCGUUUCCAAGACCCCCGAGGGCCUCAGCACCCUGGGGCUCAGCCUUGCUCAGGAUCAUGACUGCGUGUCGGCGUUGGCCGGCAGGCUGCCUAAGGGUGUAUUCACCCGCACCUGUACGGUCACCGAGGGCAAGCACGCCAAGCUCAGCUGCUUUGUCACUGGUCACCCAAAGCCACACAUCAUCUGGCGCAAGGAUGGGGUCAACAUUGUUGAGGGUCGCCGCCACGUCAUGUACGAGGACCAGGCGGAGAACUUCAUCCUCAAGAUUCUGUACUGCAAACAGAGCGACAAUGGUCUGUACACCUGCAACGCAUCCAACCUGGCAGGGCAGACGUACAGUGCUGUGCUUGUAAUUGUCAAAGAACCCAAGGUACCAUUCAGGAGGAAGCUCCAGGACGUGGAGGUGUGGGAGAAAGAGACUGCCAUGCUGCUGUGUGAGGUGCCUGUACCAGCGGCCCGGACCAACUGGUUCAUGGAGGAGACACGUCUGGAGCAGAGCGCAAAGUACAGCAUGGAGGAAGAGGGCACCCUGCGGCGCCUCACCAUCCGUAAUGUCAGCACCAAUGAUGACGCUGUCUACAUCUGCGAGAUGAAGGAGGGCAGCCGCACCGUGGCUGAGCUGACCGUGUUGGGCAACAUCACCAGGAAGCUCCCGCGGAGAACUGUGGUGCCCGUGAGCGACACGGCACUCUUCUGUGUGGAGCUCGAGCGGCCAUGUGAAGGGGCCUACUGGACGCGCAAUGGCGAGCGGCUUCAGGAGGAUGCCCGGGUGUCUGUGGCCUGUGUCCGCCGCCAGUACACGCUGACCAUUCGUGACUGCCGUGCCGAUGACUCCGGAGAGGUUGCCUUCGUGGCCGGCGACUGCAAGACGUCCACCAACUUCUGCGUGACGGCCCCGAGGAAACACCCUCCAGACCCCCCCAUUGACCCUGUGGUGCGGAACAAGACCAACGUCUCGCUCCACCUCUGCUGGUCGCCCCCGGAGACGGACCGCCCUGUGCCCAUCACAGGCUACCUAGUGGAGCGCAGGAAGGUGGGCGCCCAGAUGUGGGUGAGGUGUGGCAGCGGGGGCGCUGUGCAACACACUGAGCUGACAGUGAGCGACCUUCCCGAGGAGGCUAGCUACCAGUUCCGCAUCAGCGCCCUAAAUGACUUUGGCCAGAGCCCCAGCCUGGAGGUCCCGGGAACCUUUUACCUCGAGCCAACUGCUUCUGUGACGACUGGUCUGGUAAGUGGCCCAGCUGUGGUGGGCCAGGAGGCCUCCUUCACCGUGGAGCUCUCAGCCAUCUGCUCAGGCUCCUGGACCCUGAACGGGCGCCUCCUACGCAGCAGGGAUGACUACCUCAUCACCCGCACCAAGACGCGUCACACGCUACUCAUCCGCCGUGUCAGGCUUGAGCUGGACGGGAUGGAGCUGAAGUUCGUGGGCGGUGGCUCGGAGAGCUCGUGUACACUUAACGUGAAGGCGGCAGCCGCCCACUUCACCAACAAAUCUGCGCGGACGGAAGUGGUGUCCUGCAAAGUCCGCAGCUCUGUGCAGCUGCAGGCGGAAGUGUCGGAUGCCUCAGCCCAGGUGCUCUGGACACGGAACGGCCAGGAACUCCAACUGGGGAAGAAGUAUGAGAGCGUGUGUGUGGAUCGCAAACGCAUCCUCAUAGUGCACGGUGUGACCGAAGAGGAUGUGGGCAUUUACGAGUGUGGGUGUGACGGUGACAAGAUGUCUUUCCAGCUCUCCCUUAAAGUGGAGCCCGGCAGGUUUGUCAACAAGCCCAAAGCGCUGUCGUCACCCCUGUCUGAUGACCUGGUCCUGAGCUGUGAGGUGACCACAGCCGAUAGCACGGUGGUGUGGAAGAAGGGUCAGACUGAGAUCAAGGAGGACCAGCGGACCAGGCUCAUCUCGGAGGGCACGCAGCGCAGGCUGGUCAUCAGGCACGCCAAGCUGAGUGACGAGGGCCAGUACACCUGCGAGACCGCCGUCGAUAAAAUAUCAUUCCAAGUCAAAAUCAAGGAGACAAAGUCAACGUUUGUGAAGAAGGCCGAGACAAAGACGGAGUUCUCAUCAUCCUGUGGCGACACUGUGCUUCUUUUCUGCGAAGUGAACCAGGCCAGCGCUCCUGGGAAGUGGCUGAAAAGGGGGCAAGAGGUGAAAGCAAGCAAAGAUAUCACUAUAGAAACUGACGGCACCACCAGGAAGCUCACGCUGAAGAAUGUUAAGGUUGGCGAUGCAGGAACUUACAUUUAUAAACUGCCUGAGGACGAGUUGACCUUCACUGUGAAAGUUGAAGAACCGCAGGCUGCAUUUGCCAACAAGGAGUCAUUGCAGAGGGAGGUGAAGGCCAUGCUCUCCCAGAAGGCCAUUCUGAGUUGCGAGGUGUCCAACGCCCAGACGGAGGUGAAGUGGUACAAGGACAGCAAGCUGUUGAGCUCCAGCAGGAAGAUGCACAUGGAAGCCAAAGGGAAGAGUCGUCAGUUGGUGCUGGACAGUGUGGAGAAAACGGAUGCUGGAGAGUACAUCUGUGAGGCAGCAAGGGAGAAACUUCACUUUACAAUACAUGUUGCAGAACCUCAGGCUGCAUUUGCCAACAAGGAGUCUGUGCAGAGGGAGGUGAAGGCUAUGCUCUCCCAGAAGGCCAUUCUGAGCUGUGAGGUGUCCAACACCCAGACGGAGGUGAAGUGGUACAAGGACAGCAAGCUGCUGAGCUCCAGCAGGAAGAUGCACCUGGAAGCCAAAGGGAAGAGUCGUCAACUGGUGCUGGACAGCGUGGAGAAGAAGGAUUCUGGAGAGUACAUCUGUGAGGCAGCAGGAGAGAAACUUCACUUUACAAUACAUGUUGCAGAACCGCAGGCUGCAUUUGCCAACAAGGAGUCUGUGCAGAGGGAGGUGAAAGUCAUGCUCUCCCAGAAGACCACUCUCAGCUGUGAGGUGGCUGACACCCAGACGGAGGUGAAGUGGUACAAGGAUGGCAAGCUGCUGAGCUCCAGCAGGAAGAUGCACCUGGAAGCCAAAGGGAAGAGUCGUCAACUGGUGCUGGACAGUGUGGAGAAGAAGGAUUCUGGAGAGUACAUCUGUGAGGCAGCAGGAGAGAAACUUCACUUUACGAUACAAGUGACAGAACUUCAGGCUGCAUUUGCCAACAAGGAGUCUGUGCAGAGGGAGGUGAAGGCCAUUCUCUCCCAGAAGACUGCUCUGAGUUGCGAGGUGUCCGACACCCAGACUGAGGUGAAGUGGUACAAGGAUGGCAAGCUGCUGAGCUCCAGCAGGAAGAUGCACCUGGAAGCCAAAGGGAAGAGUCGUCAGCUGGUGCUAGACAGCGUGGAGAAGAAGGAUGCUGGAGAGUACAUCUGUGAGGCAGCAAGGGAGAAACUUCACUUUACAAUACAAGUGGCAGAAACCCAGGCUGCGUUUGCCAACAAGGAGUCUGUGCAGAGGGAGGUGAAGGCCAUGCUCUCCCAGAAGGCCACUCUGAGUUGCGAGGUGUCCGACGCCCAGACGGAGGUGAAGUGGUACAAGGACAGCAAGCUGUUGAGCUCCAGCAGGAAGAUGCACAUGGAAGCCAAAGGGAAGAGUCGUCAGCUGGUGCUGGACAGUGUGGAGAAAACGGAUGCUGGAGAGUACAUCUGUGAGGCAGCAAGGGAGAAACUUCACUUUACAAUACAUGUUGCAGAACCUCAGGCUGCAUUUGCCAACAAGGAGUCUGUGCAGAGGGAGGUGAAGGCCAUUCUCUCCCAGAAGACUGCUCUGAGUUGCGAGGUGUCCAACACCCAGACGGAGGUGAAGUGGUACAAGGACAGCAAGCUGCUGAGCUCCAGCAGGAAGAUGCACCUGGAAGCCAAAGGGAAGAGUCGUCAACUGGUGCUGGACAGCGUGGAGAAGAAGGAUGCUGGAGAGUACAUCUGUGAGGCAGCAGGAGAGAAGCUUCACUUUAUGAUACAAGUGGCAGAAUCUACUGCCAAAUUCCAGAAGAAGUUGCUUAUGAAGGACACAGUUGUGGUUCAGGAGAAUGAAGAUAUUAUUCUGGCCACAGAGCUAACAUCUGAGACUUCCACUACUGUCAGAUGGUUCAGAGAUGGCGUAGAACUAAAGGACAGCAAGAAACAUGAGAUGAAGAAGGAUGGUUUGUCUCGCACCCUGGUAGUUAAGUCAGCUGAGGUCAAAGACAGCGGUUCAUACUCUUGCCAAAUAGCUGAUGAUAAACUAGACUUCAAAGUUCAGGUUAAAGAACUUCCUCUGAAGUUCACAGUGCCUCUCGAACCGCUGACCGUGGAGAUCGGUGGCACUUUGACCCUUGUAUGUGAGCUGAACCGGGCCAAAGGUGACGUACUUUGGUGCUUCAACAGAGUCGAGAUUAAACCCAGCAGCAAAUUCCGCAUCACCUCAGAUGGGACCAGGCGGGUCCUUACUGUGACCACAUUUACCAAGGAGGAUGAGGGAGAGUACAGUUGUGCCUGCAAGGAUGACAGGACUUCAGCCAAAAUCUCCACUAAGGCUCCUAGGCUUGUGCGCUUCACAUCCAAGCUGAACAACAUCGCAGCAGUCGAAGGGAAGGAUGCCACCUUCAAGUGCAGUGUCACUCCGGCCGACGUCAAUGUUAGGUGGAUCCAUAAUGGGGCGGCCAUUGUGACCGGUCCCAGAUUCAAGAUCACACACGAAGGAACCAGCCACUCCCUUACCAUCACCCGUGUCACCAAGGACGAUGCUGGCGAGAUCACCGCAGACGCAGAGGGCAAACUGUCCAGAGCCAGCCUCCAAGUCCAGCCGGAACCUGUGAUCUUCAGGAAGAAGCUGGAGAACCUCACUGUGGAGGAAGAUGCAGAGGCCAAGCUGGAGGUCAAGCUCAGCAAGCCAUCUACAGAGGUCAAAUGGAUGAAAAACAGUGUGGUGCUGCAACCUGGACACAAUGUUGAGAUUCAUGUAGAUGGAGCUCAGCAGACCCUGGUUCUUAAGAAAGUCUCUCAGGCAGAUCGGGGCUACUAUUCCUGUGAGACGUUGGAUGAUAAGACCCAAGCUAAGCUCACUGUGGAGAUGAAGAAGAUCAAGGUGGUGAAAGGCCUGGAAAACAUGAUGGUGAGAGAGAAGGAGACGGUGACGCUGGAAGUGGAGCUCAGCCACGCUGACGUGGAGGGCCAUUGGACCAAGGGUGGGAUCCGCAUGAGAGCGGGACCGCAGUGCUGCAUUGGUGCCCAGGGCAGGAAACAUACACUGACCCUGUCCCAACUCAAGACUGGAGACACAGGGUUGAUCUCCUUCCAGGCGGAGGGUGUCCAUACCUCUGCUCGUCUCACAGUCACUGAACCUGCUGUGAAAAUCACCAAACCAUUGAGGGACACAAGUGUUCCAGAAAAGGAGAAGGUUAGCUUGGAGUGUGAGGUCUCCAGAGCCAACGCCGAUGUCAGAUGGCUCAAGGAUGCUGUGGAGCUAAAGUCAGGGAAGAAGUAUGGCAUCCAGUCACAAGGCUGCAAGCGAAGCCUCCUUAUCCACAAGUGCACCUACGAGGACCAGGGCCAGUACGUUUGCGACGCAACUGACGACAAGACCUCAGCCAACCUAACGGUGCAUGCCCGGGACAUUAAUAUAUUGAGGAACCUGGAGGAUGUGGAGGUAAAGGAGAAGGAAAGCGCAACCUUCAUGUGUGAAAUUUCCCACGAUGAGGUGGACUGUGAGUGGCACAGAAAUGAUAUCAAGAUCAAGGCUGGCGACAAUGUCAAAAUUAGGCAAGAGGGUCGGGUACAUAUGUUGUCAUUCAAGUCAGUGAAGACAGAGGAUGCAGGUGUGAUUAAAUUCACAGCAGAAAAAGCUUCCUCCACUGCAAAACUGAAGGUGAAAGAGCUGCCAGUACAGUUUGUGAAGAAGCUCAGGGAUAAGAUAGCCAUGUACAAACACCGUGCACACCUUGAGUGCCAGGUGUCCCGGAGCAAUGCCACAGUGAAGUGGUACAAGAACAAGAAGGAGAUCCAUACCAGCAAGAAGUAUGAAAUAAUCAGCGAAGAUGUCUACAGGAAGCUCUCCAUUAAUGAUGUGGUCUCUGAUGAUGAGGACACUUACAUCUGUGAUGCUGUUCAUGACAAGACCUCCUGUAAACUGCUUGUAGAAGAACAAGCCAUCAGCAUUGUGCGCGAGUUGAGCGCAGUGGAGGUGACGGAGCCAGCAUCAGCAUGUUUCGAGGUAGAGAUCAGCGUAGAAGCAGUGAAGGCUCCCAAGUGGACACUCAGCGGACAGCUGCUGAGGCCUGGUGCAGAUGUGGAGAUCGAGCAGGAUGGUAAAAUACACCGGCUCACCUUCAGGAAGACUAAGUCCACAAUAUCCGGUCUUGUACAAUUCACUGCUGGCAAGAGCAAAUCGGUGGCCCAACUCACUGUGAAAGAGCGCCCCCUAGACAUUAUACAACCCAUCAGAGACACAACAGCCAAGGAGAGGGAGGCGGUUGUCUUCAGCUGCAGGUUCUCUGCCCCACCCAAGGAGGUGCACUGGCUCAAAGACCAGGUCUGCCUGGAGGCCUCGAGGAAAUACAACAUGAGACAGGAUGGUGCCCGUGUGGAGCUAAUCAUCCACAGCUUGCUUGUGGAGGAUUCUGGGGAGUACUGCUGCCAGGCCGGAGCCUCUGAGAGCAGAGCUACCCUCACAGUGGAAGAGAGGAUUAUUGAGAUUACAAAGCAUCUGAAGGAUGUGCAGGUGGAUGAGGAUGGUGAUGCCACGUUCACCUGUGCGCUCAACUACUCCGAUGAAGAGGUACAAUGGCUUCUGAACGGAAUUCCCCUCUUCUCCAAUAACGUCAAUGAGAUCCACCACGAGGGCAAAAUGCACACCCUCACCCUCCGAGGCCUAACGCCCGAUGAUGGAGGCACGGUCACCGUGAAGGUCAGGGAGACCACCGAAUCGGCUUCCCUCAAGGUCAAAGAGAAACGAGCUGUGUUCCUCAAGUCCCUGGAUGACAUGACUGGGGAGGAGCGGGGUGUCAUCACCCUUGAGUGUGAGGCCUCCAAGCCCCGGGUUUCUGCAACAUGGAGGAAGGAUGGAGUGAUCCUAGCAGCUAGUGACAAAUAUGAGCUGCUGCAUGCUGGAAAGUCUCUGGGCCUGGUCAUCCAUGACUUCACUCAGGAGGAUGCGGGCGAGUACAGCUGUGACAUUGGCACGGACAUAGCUAAGUCAAAGGUCACGGUGCAGGACCUGAGCAUCGGCAUCACCAAGCGGCUGAAAUCAGUGGAGGUCAAGGAGGGUGAGAGCUGCACCUUUGAGUGCAUCCUGUCACGCGAGAGUGCCGAAGAGUGCUCCUGGACUCUGAAUGGGAAGCCUGUGGUCAGCGGUGGGCGCUACAGUUUCUCCAGCAAGGGCCGGAAGUACACAAUGAGCAUCAAAAAUGUGACAGCAUCCGAUGCAGGAGAUGUGGUCUUUGCCAUCAGGGGACUCAGUUCCACAGCAAGUCUGGGUGUCAAGGGGAAGGCUCUCUUUGUGAGCAGAGAGCUGCAGAAUGCCACCGUGACCCAUGGUGAGGAUGUACAGUUCAGCUGUGAGACCAGCCUGCCGGGAGUCAGCAUCAAGUGGUUCAAAGAUGGGACAGUCAUCAGAAAGAGCCAGAAGUACAACAUCAGCCAAACGGGAAACCUCAUGGUGCUGGUGAUCCAUGGUGCCACAUCCAAGGACUCUGGGGAGUAUUCGUGCGAGAUCGAUGGCAUCGCCAGCACAGCCAAGCUGGAAGUCAAAGAGCGGGACCAGGUGUUCACAAGGGAGCUGCGGGACACCCAGGCUGAAGAGAAAAGCACAGUCACCCUGGAGUGUGAGACCAAGUGGCCUGCAGGCAAGGUGACCUGGAGGAAAGGCCUGGCAGAGCUGAAGGCUGGCGGGAGAUUUGAGAUGAAGCAGCAGGGAACUGUCCUGACCCUCACCAUCCGGGGGCUGGAGAAGAACGAUGGUGAUACCUACUCCUGCGAUGUGGGGUCGGUUCAGAGCCAGGCGCAUCUCACUGUGCAAGUUGAACCUGCUGUCUUCAAGAAGAGGCUGAAGGAUUUGGAAGUGCAGGAAGGAGAAAAUGUUACUUUAUGCUGUGAACUGUCUAAACCUGGAGCCCCUGUUGAGUGGAGGAAGGGAAGAGAGGUGCUGAAGUCUGGCGACAAAUUCCAGAUAAAGCAGAAGGACACAUUGGUUGAGCUGAAGAUCAGUGACCUGAAGCCUGAGGACAGUGGAGAAUACUGUUGUGAGUGUGGAGACAAAAAGACUAUGGCCAACAUUGUGGUUAAUGCACUUCCAGUAACAUUUAAGAAACAGCUGAAGAACCAGGAGGCAAUAGAAGGUGACAGCAUCACCCUGCAUUGUGAACUGUCUAAAGCUGGAGCUCUGGUGGAGUGGAGGAAGGGAAGAGAGGUGCUGAAGUCUGGAGACAAGUUCCAGAUGAAGCAGAAGGGUUUGUCGGCUGAGUUGAAGAUCAACAAUCUCCAGUCUGAGGAUACAGGAGAAUACAGCUGUGUGUGUGGAAACCAGAAGACGACUGCACAACUCAGAGUUGAUGAACUUCCCAUCACCUUCAAACAAGAGCUGAAGGACCAGGAGGCUGAUGAGGGUGACAGUGUCAUAUUACACUGUGAACUUUCUAAACCUGGAGCCCAAGUGGAGUGGAGGAAGGGCAGAGAGCUGCUGAAGUCUGGAGACAAGUUCCAGAUGAAGCUGAAAGACACAUCAGUUGAACUUAAGAUCUGUGACCUGAAGCCUGAGGAUACAGGAGAAUACAUCUGCAGAACAGCAGACAAGCAGACUACAGCUCAAAUCAAAGUCAAUGUACUCCCCAUUACCUUCAAACAAGAAUUGAAGGACCAGGAGGCUGAUGAAGGUGACAGUGUCAUCUUACACUGUGAACUUUCUAAGCCUGGAGCCCUAGUGGAGUGGAGGAAGGGAAGUGUGGUCCUGAGGUCUGGAGACAAGUUCCAGAUGAAGCAAAAGGACACACUUGUUGAGCUGAAGAUAGGUGAUCUCAAACCAGAGGAUGCAGGAGAAUACACCUGCAAAAUAGCAGACAAGCAGAGCACAGCUAAAAUCAAGGUCAACGUUCUCCCCAUCAUCUUCAAACAAGAGCUGAAGGACCAGGAGGCUGAUGAGGGUGACAGUAUUACUCUGUGCUGUGAACUUUCUAAACCUGGAGCCCCCGUGGAGUGGAGGAAGGGAAGAGAGGUGCUGAAAUCUGGAGACAAGUUCAAGAUGAAGCAGAAGGACACACUGGUUGAGCUGAAGAUCAGUGAUCUUAAACCUGAGGAUACAGGAGAAUACACCUGCAAAACAGCAGACAAGCAGAGCACAGCUAAAGUCAAGGUUAAUGCUCUGCCGGUUGUCUUCAGACAAGAAUUGGAGGAUCAGGAGGCUGAUGAGGGUAGUAGUGUCACUCUAUGCUGUGAGAUCUCCAAACCUGGAGCUCCGGUAGAGUGGAGGAAGGGAAGAGAGGUGUUGAAGUCUGGAGACAAGAUCCAGAUGAAGCAGAAGGACACACUGGUUGAGAUGAGGAUCAGAGAUCUCAAGCCAGAGGAUGCAGGAGAAUACACCUGCAAAACAGCAGACAAGCAGAGCACGGCUAAAAUCAAGGUUAACGUUCUCCCCAUCACCUUCAAACAAGAACUGAAAGACCAGGAGGCCGAUGAAGGUGACAGUAUUACCCUGUGCUGUGAACUCUCUAAACCUGGAACCCCUGUGGAGUGGAGGAAGGGAAGAGACGUGCUGAAAUCUGGAGAUAAGUUCAAGAUGAAGCAAAAGGACACACUGGUUGAGCUGAAGAUCAGUGAUCUCAAACCUGAGGAUGCAGGAGAAUACACCUGCAAAACAGCAGACAAGCAGAGCACAGCUAAAGUCAAUGUUAACGUUCUCCCCAUCACCUUCAAACAAGAGCUGAAGGACCAGGAGGCCGAUGAAGGUGACAGUAUCAGCCUGUGCUGUGAACUUUCUAAACCUGGAGCCCCCGUGGAGUGGAGGAAGGGAAGAGAGGUGCUGAAGUCUGGAGACAAGUUCAAGAUGAAGCAAAAGGACACACUGGUUGAGCUGAAGAUCAGUGAUCUCAAACCUGAGGAUUCAGGAGAAUACACCUGCAAAACUGCAGACAAGCAGAGCACAGCUAAAGUCAAGGUUAACGUGGAGUGGAGGAAGGGAGGGGUGGUGCUGCAUCCAAGUGAAAAAUAUGAGAUGAAGCGGAUUGGAGCUGCUGUGGAGCUUGUGGUUCACCAGCUGAAGAUGGAUGAUAUGGGAGACUACAUUUGUGACCUUGGGGAGAAGACAAGUAGCGCAUCUCUCAAAGUCAAUGCCCUCCCAGUGUUUUUCAAACAAGAGCUCCAGGAUGCGGUGGUCGAGGAAGGGGGUAGCGUAACCCUGUGCUGUGAGCUCUCCAAACCCAGUGCUCCAGUUGAAUGGAGGAAGGGAGGGGUGGACCUCUGCCCUUGCAUCAAGUAUGAAAUGAGCCAAGAUGGUUGCCGUGCCCAGUUAGUCAUCCACAGUGUAGAUCCAGAGGACUCCGGAGACUACACCUGUGAUGCCGGGUAUCGGCAAAGUACCGCCCACCUGGCCGUGAGUGCCCUGCCAGUGUUUUUUAAGACCCCACUGGAGAAUGUUGAAGGGGAGGUGGGGGGCAACGCUGUCCUCUGCUGUGAGCUGACCAAGCCUGGAGCGCAGGUCUGGUGGACAUGGGCUGGCCAGUCUCUGGAGUCAAGUGGGAAGUACCAAGUGAAGCAGGAAGGCGAUGUAGUGGAGCUCAUCAUCUACAACAUAAAAACAACAGAUGCUGGGGAAUACACCUGUGACACAGGCAACCAAAAGACAUCUGCCAUACUUUCCGUGCCGGAGCUGGAAGUCACCAUUAUUAAAGGGCUGGAGGACUGCGUGGUGUGUGAGAAGGACGAUGCUCGUUUUGAGUGCCACAUCUCCCAUGUCAACAUACCCGAGGUCCAGUGGAUGCUGCAGGGUGUUCCACUGCAAAGUAAUGAAAUGAACUUGAUCCAGGUGGAGGGUAAGGUACACACUUUGACCCUCCGAAGUGUCACGCAGGAGGAUUCGGGCUUUGUGGCCUUCAGUGUAGGCCCCUACAUGUCUUCUGCUCAGCUCAGAGUCAGAGCUACCAACGUGAUCUUCACCUGCGGGCUGCGGUGCCAAGAGGCACAGGAAGGGGGCAGCACAUCUCUGAGCUGUGAGCUGUCUGUCUCUGGGGUACAGGUAAAAUGGAGGAAGGAUGGCGUUGUCCUUGUGCCCAGUGACAGACACACAAUAAGCAUGGAUGGGUCAAAGGCUGAGCUCGUGGUAAACAAUCUGACAAUGGAAGAUGCUGGAGAAUAUACCUGUGACACAGGAGGCCAGCAGACCACAGCUUUUCUAAAGGUCAAAGCGGCUCCAGUUGCCUUCAGGAAGGAGCUGGAGAGCCAAGAGGUGAAGGAAGGUGGAGUCGUAUCCCUGCGUUGCGAGGUCUCCAGCUCUGAUGCAUCCGUCACGUGGAGAAAGGGGUCCAUGGUACUGUCCCAGGGGGAGAAGUACACUUUGCAGCAGAGGGCCUUUACACGUGUACUCAUCAUCCACGAUGUGGUACCAGAAGAUGCAGGAGAAUACAGCUGCAAUGUGGGGGACAGAACGAGUACAGCCACCCUCACUGUCAGAGAACAUGUGUACAUCACCUUGGGGUUGCGCGAUGUCGCCGUGACAACAGGGGAAGAUGCAAGAUUCGAGUGUGAGGUUUCUCAGCUGGGGGUGACUCAUGGCGAGUGGCGACUGGGUGCCAGUAUUCUCCAAAAUAAUGACCUGAACCAGAUGGGUUGCCAGGGGUAUCGGCACAGCCUGGUGCUGAAGAUGCUCACGUCUGAUGACUCGGACGUCGUGUCCUUCACUGUUGGCGAGGAGAGGACUGCUGCCAACCUGCUGGUGCUUGACAAGCCUCAAGGAGCCCCAAUCUUCUUCCAGCAGGAACUGAAGAACCAAGAGGCUGAUGAAGGGGGAAGUGUCAUCUUGCGUUGUGAACUCUCUAAACCUGGAGCUCCAGUAGAGUGGAGGAAAGGGGGAGUGGUGCUGAAACCCAGCAAAAAGUAUGAGAUGAAACAAGAGGGCCGCCAGCUGGAGCUGCACAUCCACAACUUGGAGCCUGAGGACAAUGGAUAUUACACCUGUGAUGCAGGCGACCAGCUGACCACAGCUUCUCUAACAGUAAAAGCGGGUGAAGUUCGCAUCGUGUCUGGCUUGCAGAACACAGAUGUCUUCGUUGGGGAGGAGGCUUCAUUCUCCUGCCAGUUGUCCCACAGGGGGGUCAGGGGGGUGCAAUGGUGGCUGGAUGGCACCCGAUUGCAACAGAGCUCCUUCGCUGAAAUGGGGGUCACUGACGGCAUCGUACACACACUUGUCCUGAAGAACCUAGCAACCAACGACUCGGGAACAGUCACAUUCAAAGCUGGGAACCAGGUGUCCUCCGCCAAGCUCUUGGUCAAAGAUCCCACGGUGGAGGUGGUCAGCUCCAUGGAAGACAAGUGCGUGGUGGAGGGCCAGCCAGUGGAGCUCAUAUGUCAGUACUCGCGGCCGGUGGAAGCAGUGUGGAAAAGGAACGGGCGCCCUGUGCAGGCCGAUGGCCGCCGGGUAGUGAUCGAGCAGGACUGGAACGUGGCCCGGCUGCACAUCAGCCGCGCGACCGUCCAGGAUGGAGGCAUGUACUCUUGUGAGGCAGAGGGCACCUGUGUGACGGCCCUCGUGGAGGUGCAAGAUAAGUCAGUGGACAUUGUUCAAGGGUUGGAGAACGUAGAGACGGUGGAUGGUGGAGAGGCACUCUUUGAGUGCUCCCUGUCCCGGCCAGAGACCCGAAAUUGCCACUGGCUCCUCGACGGCCGGCCUGUGCAGGAGUCAGCCAACGUUGAGAUUGUGGCCUUCGAGAGUGGUCGCCGUCACCUCCUGCUGCUCAAGGAGCUCCAUGCUGCUGAUAGCUGCAGGGUCACCUUCCAGGUUGGCUCAGCAACAACGUCGGCCUUGCUGACUGUCAAAGGCUGGCAGCUCAAAGUGCUGAGGCCCCUUGUGGACCAGACAGUGGUGGUGGGUGAGCAGGCUGAAUUCUGCUGUGUGCUCAGUGAGCCCGUCUCUGAGGAUGAGGUGUUCUGGUAUGCCGACGGCACCGAGCUGCAGCCCAACGACACCUGGGCCAUGCGGGCUGAUGGCCACUCUCAUUACCUGGUGCUGCGUCAGGCCCAUCCUGGCCCGCCCCAGGAGAUCACCUUUGCCGCCAGGGAUGCCCUCUCCAUUGCCAAGCUCACUGUUAUUGCCGUCCCUGAUCCCCCUGAGGACCCCGAGCUGGUGAACAAGAGUAGCCGGUCGGUCACGCUCUCCUGGUUUACACCCCUCCAUGAUGGUGGGAGCCCCAUUCUGGGUUACAGGGUGGAGAUGCGACUAGCCAACAGCGCUCUCUGGCUGCCGUGUCACACGGAGCCCGUGCGGAGCACCGAGUUUGUGGUGGACAACUUGAGCCCUGGUGCGGGCUAUCGGUUCCGUGUGGCAGCCAUGAACCGUGCUGGGAUCGGGGAGCCAGUACAGCUUCCCCAGACUGUGUGUCUUGGUGAGGAGGUUUCCCCUCCAGUACCAGAGCCAGAAGAGGAGAGCACCCAGCCCAGUUUGCCUCCAGAGGCAGCCUCAGAAGGAGACCUGCACCUUCUCUGGGAGGCACUGGCAAAGAAGCGCCGCAUGAGCCGGGAGCCCACGCUGGAUUCCAUCUCUGAGCUCCCUGAGGAGGAUGGCAAAGAGUCAAGGGUGGGGAAGGAAAAGGAGAUGGUGGAAAAAGAGAAGAAAGUAGAGCCAGAUCCUAGCCUCUAUACCAGCUCUGAAGAUGAGUCCAUUACUGGUCCACCAUCAUUAGUGUCCUACCUGAAGAAGAGCAGCAAGUCUACCAUCACCGUUGCAGGUGGACAGGCACAGAGCAUCUCUACUAAGAAGUUCUAUGAGCACUUCCAGAUGACUGAGUCGGUUCAGGAGUCAACAGCUGUGAAAGAUGUCAAGGACGAAGAAGCAGAGAUGCGGGAGGCAGCCAUCAAAAUCCAAGCAGCAUUCAAGGGCUACAAGGCUCGCAAGGACAUGCGACCUGUCUUCAAAGAGGUCUUCAAGGACCAGACAGUGGAUCCCAAUGGCACCAUCCACUUGGAAUGUGUUGCGGUUGGCAGACCUGACAAGGUUCGCUGGCUGAAGGAUGGUGAGCUGCUGGCAGAUGGCAAACACCACCAUAUCGAUAUUUACAAUGAUGGUACCUGUUCACUGGUCAUCACGGGAGUGACCACCAAAGACACGGGCAUCUACACUUGUGAGGUGACCAACAAAUUUGGUGUCACCAGCCAUAGCAGCAAGGUGACAGUGGGAGUGCCACGGGGGGAGCUAGGCUGGCGGCCAUUGCAGGUGCCCUAUGGUUACAGUGCAGACAGCGAGCCAGAAAGCUCCUCGGGGAGUGAGAUGGAUGAGUCUCUUCGACAGGCUAGCAAGCGGCUGAGGCACCUCCUACGUAUUCAACUUCCAACAGACAUGCCGGGUCUGGAGGAGGAGUCCUUUGUGAGUGCUGAUGAAGGUGAACUGCCACCACCUGACCCCUACUCGUACCGUGAGGAUGACCGUUACAUCUACAUCCGCUUUGACAGCCUUGCUGAGGCUCAGACGGCCUCCCAGCGCUUCCAGGAAAUGUUCACUGCCCAAGGUGUCCCUGUGGAGACCACCAUCCUGGAGGGGGGACCACGCAAGGUGGAGCUGCGCAUCAUGAAGCUGGGCUACAUUCAGGAUGGCUCACGCACCCCCACGCAGGACAAGCAGUCGCCUGCCUUUAUGGCUGGAGCUUCUGCUGCCCCGGUCUUCCUGACCGAGCUGCAGAGCCAGGAUGCACCAGAAGGCUACCCAGUCAGCUUUGACUGCGUGGUGAUUGGAAAGCCCCCACCCAGUACCCGCUGGUACAAGGAUGGCAAGCUUAUUGAAGAGAAUGACCACUACAUGAUCAACGAGGAUCAGGAGGGCUGCCACCAGCUCAUCAUCACAGCCGUGAGGCCCUCAGACAUGGGUGCAUACCGAUGCGUGGCCGAGAACAGCAGUGGCAUUGCCUCCACUACGGCAGAGCUCCGGGUGGACUUGUCCUGUAGCUCAGACUAUGACACUGCAGUUGAUGCCACAGAGACUUCCUCGUACAUCAGUGCCAAGGGUUACAUGUCCAGGGAGACGGAGGCCUUUGAGUCUGUUACUGAGGAAGAGCAGUUGCCGCAGGUGGUUGAUGAGCUGCGUGAUAUGCGCAUCUAUCCUGGGGCCCCAGUAGCUAAGAUGCAAGUCAAGGUCAAAGGCUACCCCCAUCCCAAGGUGUACUGGUUCAAGGAUGGGGAGCCCCUGCGGCCUUCAGAUCACAUCCUGGUGAGAGAGGAGAAAGGCCUGCACAGUUUGGAGGUGCUGGGGGUGACCCGAGACGACACGGGAGAGUACUCGGCCUACAUCACCAAUGCCGCCGGUUCUGCUUACUCCUCAGCCAGGCUGCUGGUGUUGGGUCCUGGUGAGAAAAUAGCUGAGGAUCCUUCAAAAGUGAAAGGUACCAAGGAGCCUCUGGUACCGCCGCGUUUCUUGGAGAGGUACCCCAAUCGAACGGUGAAGAAGGGAACGAGCAUCACUAUGACAGUCAAAGUAGAAGGCUCCCCUGAGCCCUUGAUCACUUGGCUGAAGGAGGAGUCUGCAGAGGACGUGCUGUGGAUCAAGCCUGACACGCCUGGCUACAAGGUGGUCAGCUCCGGCCAACGGCACAGCCUCAUCCUGAUGGACGUGGACACAACCUACACGGGCACUUACACUUGCAUCGCAACCAACCGGGCAGGCCAGUCUGUGUGCACCGCCCGCUUGCAAGUGGAGGAUGUGCCAGUAAAGGAGGCUCCUGUGGAGAAACAGACAGUGAGAGCUGUUCAAGAGGUUCUUGGAAUCACCAUCAGUCCUCCAGAAGAUGAGCCAAGUACUAUAAAAGCAGAGCAAAAGUCGGCUGGCGCCUUCCUGGGUGAAGUGGGGACAGAGGAGUUCCUUCAGAAGCUCACCUCCCAGAUCACAGAGAUGGUGUCUGCCAAGAUCACCCAAGCCUCCCUGCGAGUGCCAGGGGCAGACAGCGAUGAUGAGACCAAGACCCCAUCCCCAUCGCCUCACCACGGCCGCUCCCGUCCCGCCUCACUCAUCGCAGAUUCCUCAUCUGAGUCAGACGAUGGCGAGGCCAGAGGAGAGAUGUUUGAUAUCUACGUGGCCACGGCCGACUACAACCCCACCGGUCCUGGCAAGGAGAUCAUCUCCCUCAAGGAAGGACAGUACGUGGAAGUUCUUGACUCAGCCCACCCACUGAAAUGGCUGGUCCGCACCAAGCCCACCAAAAUGACGCCAUCCCGGCAAGGCUGGGUCUCUCCGGCAUACCUCGACAAGAAGCUGAAGCUCUCUCCGGAUGCUGCCGCCCCUGGUGCUGAACUGCCGGAAGCAGGAGGAGAGCAGGUUUCAGAGGGAGAGUACAAGAAGAGACUUUGCCAACUGAUCCAGGAGAUGAUCAACACAGAGGCAGCAUUUGUGCAGGAAAUGGACUUCCUCACCUCACACCACCUGAAGCAUGUUGAGACGAGCACUGAUGUACCAUCCAGCGUUAGCAGCCAGAAGGAAGCCAUCUUCAGAAACAUCGAGGACUUGAAGACUUUCCACAGCAGUUCCAUGCUUCCGAGCCUGAGUGAGUGUGAGACUGAUGAUGAUGUAGCCAUGCGCUUUAUAAAAAAUGCAGAGGGCUUUGAGAAGUAUCUCAAGUAUCUGGUCGGCCAGAUGCAGGCAGAAGCUGCCAUCAGCGACAAGAGCGUCCAUCAGUACUUUAAGGAGUUUGCAGAGAAAGAACUGGCAGGAAUUGACCCUUCAGAAGGCCCGGUGCUGAGCAUCAACGCCUACUUGCAGAGACCACUGGAAAGGGUCCAGAAAUACAAGGCCUAUCUGAAGGAGAUGAUCAGGAAUAAGGCCCGAAAUGGGCAGAACUGCUGCCUGUUGGAAGAGGCCUACGCCGUAGUGUCAGCACUGCCACGGCGCUCUGAAAACACACACCAUGUGUCUCUGAUCGAGAAUUACCCCGCAACUCUGGAAGUUCUGGGCGAACCCAUCAGACAGGGCCCUUUCACGGUGUGGGAGGGCGCCCCUGGCAUCAGGACCUCAUCGAGAGGACACCAUCGGCACAUUUUCCUUUUCAAGAACUAUAUCAUCAUCUGUAAACCCAAGCGGGACUCCAACACAGACACACAGAGUUACACAUUCAAGAACAUGAUGAAGUUGACCAACAUUGACGUCAAUGAGACGGUGGAGGGCGACGACCGGGCCUUUGAGAUCUGGCACGAGCGAGAGGACUCGGUGAGGAAGUAUACACUUCAGGCUCGCACUGUCAUCAUCAAGAACUCAUGGCUGAGGGAUCUGCGUGAUCUUCAGCAGCGCUACAGCAUGCCAGCCUGGAGUGCUCCUGACUUUGAUGAGAUCUUGGCUGACUGCACAGCAGAGUUGGGGCAGACUGUCAAACUGGCUUGCAAGGUCACAGGUGUCCCAAAGCCAUCGGUCACCUGGUACAAGGAUGGGCGUCCAGUGGAGGUGGACCCCCACCACAUCAUCAUCGAGGAUCCCGACGGCUCCUGCACCCUCAUUCUGGACAACAUGACAGCUGACGACUCGGGGCAGUACAUGUGCUUUGCCAUUAGCAGUGCCGGUACGGCCAGUACGCUGGGCAAGAUCACGGUUCAGGUGCCCCCCCGAUUUGUGAACAAGUUGAGGAAUGCACCACUCAUCGAGGGAGAGGAUGCCCAGUUUACCUGCACCAUCCAGAGUGCCCCCCAGCCCAAGAUCAGGUGGUUCAAAGAUGGUCGUUUGCUGACAGACCAGGAGAAGUACCAGACGUACAGUGAGCCCAGGAGUGGAGUGCUGGUUCUAGUCAUCAAAAAUGCAGGAGAGCGAGACCUUGGCCAGUAUGAGUGUGAGCUGUCCAACCGGCUGGGGAGUGCCCGCUGUGCUGCGGAGCUGUGCCCGGCUUCGGCCAUGAUGGCCAGUGAGCGCAGAGGCGAGGUGGUCACCAUCGAAGUCACAGAGCAGGAGACUAAAGUGCCAAAGAAAACCAUCAUCAUAGAAGAGACUAUAACCACUGUGGUGAAGAAUACACGCAUGAAGAGGCGCAUGUCACCCGGAAUAUCGCCAUCUAGGAUGCCUCGGCCCGACUCGUCUACCCAGGAUCCUGUCUCAACCAGGGCGAGAAAGGCUACCACCCGCUCUUACACAGAGACAGCAAAGAAGUCCACAGUUCCCACCUUGUAUGUGACCGAGCAUGAGGGAGCCGCUGCCGGGGCUGGAGAAAAGCCCAGGUGGGUUGAGGUAGAGGAGAUCAUUGAGUACAAAGUGAACAAGUCGCCCAAGCUGCCUCGAAAGAGGGGCUCCUCUCCAGCUAGAGAGCAGGUGCCUUUUUCCAGACCUUGUAGGUCUCCACGGGAUGACCCCAACACCAACAACUCCAACAACAAGCUGGUGGAGCAGGGUGGUGCCUCUCUCCCCAGGGAGACCUUCUCAAAUCCCAGCGUCCAGCCUUUGACCUGGGAGGAGGAGCAAGACCUGGAUUCCACUGAGCCUCCGCCCGAGGAGCAAAGAGGGCAGGAUGGGGCAGACCUGGCCCACAAUAGAACAGCUGGUGAGGAGGAGGCGCAGGAGCAGGACUGGCCAGAUGAGGACACAGUCAUUAUUGAAGAACCAGACGAUGAGACUGACGACCUCAUGAACAGGGAGGCUAAGAUUUUGACUCAAGAAGGCAGAGUACUCACAUUGGAGGACCUGGAGGACUAUGUCCCAGGCGAAGGGGAGACCUAUGGAUGCUCAGCAGGCAGCGGACAGCAUACAGCCCGUGAGCCGUGUGAGAUUGCGGUUGUUCAAAGGGAGAUCAAUGAGCCUACUGUAGGCAAGCCUGUGCUGCUCAGUGUGGGGUGCCCUGUGAAGCCAAAACCUCAGGCAAACUUCUUCAGCCGCUUUAAGCAGCACCUGUCCAGCAGCCUAUUUACAUCUAGCAGCCCGCAGGACAGCAGAUCUCACCCCAGUGGAGAGCGGGAGGUCCCUAUUCGACUGAGUAGUAUGUCCUCCUCCCAGGCCCAGCCAGAGGGUGCUUCCGGGAUAUCUUCUGAAAGCCAGGCCAAGCUUGAGAUCAAGCCUUCGUACUGCAUGGAGGUCCAGAGGGGUGUGCAAGGCAGACAGCAGAGCUUCAAAACAGAAGUAUCUGCACGCACCUUCAGCUACACUCCAGUGGGGACGCCAGUCACUCUACACAUCAACAAGAGGGACAAGUAUUCUAUUCCAAAGCCUUAGAUAGUGCAAUUGUGGAAACAAUGGGAGGAUGAUAAUACUCCUUAGUAUUUCCACAAAUGUACCACCACCCAAAACAGGCAUAAAACAGCCCUUUAGUCUUAAAUGGGAACAUUUCUGUAAAUCCUACCUACAUGUAAAGACAUCGCCUGUGUAUUACAUGCAUUUUCUGUUCAUGGUGACCAUUCCGUUUUGAAGCAGUGAAGUUCAUAAUGACACAUUGAUUGGUUUUCCUGUGUGUAUAAUUAUUGUACUCUAAUUUUCCAAUGAAUGAGUAAAAUCCACAGAAAAUGCAAUCAACAUCUAUAGAUUCUGAAGCUUUACAGUAGCUGAUUUAAAUAAUGCGAGCGGACAGGUUAUUAAUGGUUACCUGAGAACCAGCAAUGGUCUUCCUGCAAGUCCCUCUGGUGCUCGGCUCAUGUUGUGGACAUAGAGAAUAUUUAAAAUCCACAGAACAGGUGGACUCACUUUCUGUUUUUAAACUCUGAAUAUUUGCACAAGAUCAGCUGAGAUAUUUGAAUAUGUUGAAGUUAAAGAUCUUUAAAACAUUUUGCCCUGUUGGAUUUUUAACAAGGCUGAUUCCUUAUUUGGUUUACAUCCAACUAAAAGCUUGAUGAAGACAAACUUUACACUUUUGUGUGGAACUUAAGUAUUUUUUUUAACCAAAAAAAAGGAAAAAACGAUUUUAUAACAAUGUAAUAUUUAAAAUAUUUUAAAUUUAUAUUUUCAACGAUGAUACACAAUUGAUUGAGAAAGUGAUGUCUUGCUGUAUGAGCCAGCAGAAAAGGUUUGUGUUACGCAGUUACGGUAUGUUUACUGUGGUAUUUUGUACCGGAUCAAGGAAAGCUACUGUUUUUCUACAGUAGGCAGAAAAAAUGAUGACUGCUACUUAAACUCUAUCGUGUAAGCCGGGCAUGUGAUAAAACAUUUUGUGCCAAAAAUUAAUUCAUUAAAAUACCGGUAACCUUAAAGAGUGACAUUUUUAGUCAUACUUUAUACAUAAUCAGCGUGAAACCGUACAAAGUUUGUCAUGAAAGGCAUUUGGAAUAAUCUAGCGAAAGCGUAUUCUGGAGUUUCAUUAGACGUCCAUUGCCUUUCAUCCAUGUGGCUUUGUGACGCUGUUACCUCUAAGUGUUUAAUGCUGUAGUACAGAAUGACUGAGGCUUUCAAGAGCCAAAAGAGCUCUAUUUAAGUCAUGUGCCAAACACGUGAAAGUAGAAUGUUUAACCGUUCGGUAUAUUGCACUGUUUGUUUUUUUUAAGCAAUACUUUUUAGAAAAAUACUGUGUUCAGGCAUGUGCUGUUUGUAUGCCUCCAUAUUCAGUGCCAAAAUGCCACAGUAAUAUGAAUUUCAUCCUUCUGAAAAUUGUACAAUUUUUUCAGUCGUGUAAUUAGAAGUGGUUGUUACUGUAAGUGAAAGAAGGGCUCCUGCACCACAGCUGUGUGCUCGGUUGUAUAGCUGUAAUGUCUAAAAGUUUUUCAAACUGGCUGCAGUUAAACACUUUGAUUUAAUGAUCAGUGUGUGCACGUUACACAGGGCAUUGGUGUUUGCCCACUUCUGCUACGGUGUGUGUGAAGAUUUUGUGUUGUUCUGUUCAGUCAUGUUGAUUGAGGCAUCCUGUGAAAACACAGAGCAAGACUGACUCGUAUGAUGGAGGUGAACAUGCACAAAAGAAAAGCUGUGUUUGUAGUCCUGCAUCAUGUUAGAAUAGAUGUUAGUCGUGUUUGAAGUAUUCCAGGUGUGUGCCAGACAGAACCUUUUAACAUCCAUUAAAUAAAUUUUGCAUCUGAAAAAUCAAA